AUCAAAUCCCAUCGUCUUCUCUUCAAACAAAUCUAUAAAAACACCUUCGCCUCUGUAUUUGGUCUUCCUUCUUCAGUCUCAACCCCCCCUCUUUAUAGCCGAGUCCAUUGCACCGUUCCAACACCUCUCUCUCUCUCUCUCCAUCUGUUUUUCUUGAUAUAUGGCCAGAGGAAGUGGACUCUCCUUUGAUCUAGAUCACAUAAGACACUUCCGUCACAAGCCCACUGUGAUUGAUUCUUUUCCAGAAUACAAAACCAACCACAAUCACCAGUUCUACCACCACAGAUUGAAGCUUGAACCAGUAAUCAUGGAAGGUUCAGUCAAUGAUAGACAGUCAUCACCACCACCCACUAUUCAAUUCCCAGUGAAUCUGAACUGCACCCAUGAUCAGGAAGGUCCUGUUCAUUCCGAUGAUAAACGGAAGGUCAUCGAUGAGAUGGACUUUUUUGCCAAGAACGAAAAUGAUGAUCGGCCCAAGACAGAAACAAACGAUGAAGAUAGAAAAGAUUUGAUGAGUGGACCAACUGGAUUGGAUUUCAAUGUCAAUACUGGCUUGCACCUUCUCACUGCAAACACUAGUAGUGAUCAGUCGAUAGUGGAUGAUGGAGUAUCGCCAAACUCUGAUGAUAAAAGAGCUAAAAGUGAGCUGGCUGUUCUUCAAGCUGAGCUCGAACGAAUGAACAACGAAAACCAACGUCUGAGAGAGAUGCUCAAUCAGGUUACCGGAAAUUACAGCACUCUUCAGAUGCAAUUGGUAACACUGAUGCAGCAACAACAGGAUCAGAGAGCCGAUAACACUGAUCAAGAACCCGAUCGAAAAGUCGAAGACAGUCAAAACAAUGGUCAUGAAGGACUAAUAGUGCCUAGACAAUUCAUGGAUCUUAGGCUAGCUGGUACUGCUGAGACAGAUGAGCAUUCACUGUCUUCGUCAGAGGGAAGAAACCGCAAACGAUCCCGAUCUCCGGUGAAUACUAAUGACAAGGAAUUUAGUGCUGGAGGGAAUGGAAGAGAUGAUAGCCCAGAUCAAGGGUCUCAAGGUUGGGGUCCUAACAAGGUCCCAAGGUUGAACCCUUCAAAAGAUGUUGAUCAAGCUACCGAGGCCACGAUGAGGAAAGCCCGAGUCUCAGUUAGAGCCAGAUCAGAGGCACCAAUGAUCACAGAUGGAUGCCAAUGGCGAAAAUAUGGACAGAAGAUGGCCAAAGGAAACCCUUGUCCUCGUGCCUAUUAUCGGUGCACCAUGGCCGCUGGUUGCCCGGUUCGUAAACAAGUCCAAAGAUGUGCAGAAGAUCAAACGAUCCUUGUAACUACAUACGAAGGCAAUCACAACCACCCAUUGCCUCCAGCAGCCAUGGCAAUGGCCUCGACAACAUCAUCAGCAGCAAGAAUGUUACUUUCGGGAUCAAUGCCAAGUGCUGAUGGGCUAAUGAACUCGAAUUUCCUAGCGAGGACGCUCCUACCUUGCUCAUCUAGUAUGGCUACAAUUUCUGCCUCGGCUCCAUUUCCUACUGUUACAUUGGACCUAACACAAAGUCCGAACCCAUUGCAAUUCCAAAGGCCACCAACCCAAUUCCAAAUCCCCUUCCCAAAUGCACCUCAAAGUUUUGCUGGCACACCAGCCUCUCUUUUGCCUCAGAUAUUUGGCCAGGCAUUGUAUAAUCAAUCCAAAUUUUCCGGCCUGCAAAUGUCCCAGGACAUGGAAGCUAGCCAGUUAGACCACCAGGCACCACCAAUGCACCAAACACAGCAGAACUCAUUGGCAGACACCGUGACCGCCCUCACCGCUGAUCCAAAUUUUACUGCAGCUCUAGCAGCAGCCAUAACAUCCAUCAUUGGCGGCAAUUCUCAACCAAAUAAUCUUGCCAAAAACAACACCAAUGUCACAACAACCACCAGCAACAACAACAAUGGCAGCGUUACUACUAGCAACAACAACAGUAACAACAAAGUUGCGAAUUCGAGUUUUCCGGGGAAUUGAAUAUGAAUCUGAUUUCUCUUGUUGGGUCAAAUUUUGGGUUUUUAUUUCUUUGCCCUUUCUUUUCAUUGGGAGGUUGGAAAAUGAGAUUAUACACGUUUAUUUUUGGGGGUAGUGGAGAUGUGUUAGAACAUAGAUUUUUCAUUCUUUCUUGUUUGAAUAAUGUGAGCUUGCUGUACACAUGAAAUUGUAGAAGCAAACAAAAGAGAUGCAUAUUAAAAAUUUUUUGUACGGAUCCGGAAAUUUUGUGGAAAAGCUUGUCGAUAUUAUCCUUCCUGUUCUUGUCAAUAUUCUUUGUAAUU